AUGCCAACAACUGUUUUUUCCUUCAUUCGUUUUUUCGUCCUCUUACUCAGUUUCUCCGCUAUUUGUCUGGGAGCGUUUUGCAUUUCCACACGCACUGCGCUGGCUGUUUAUUGUCUGUUACCUCUGGGGUUCCUGCUCCUUGUGACUGGCAUUUUCUGGAACGCUUUCCAUGAAGCCAUCAAAUACAAGGGCCUCAGCAGCAUCUUCAGUCGAAAUCCCAGCCUUAGAGAGCUACAUGUCAGCACCAUAGACAGACCUGAUUUCUACCCUCCGUCCUACGAAGACAGCACAGACCCAGAAAAACAGACCUUCCCCCUGCCAGUUGCCUCCACAUCAAAAGGGGAAGAGGUGUCCCAGCUCCCUCCACCUCUGUACACUGAAAGCAGCACAGAGUUCAUCAACGAGACCAGUGAGCAAGAGGAUCCACCACCAUACAAGUUGUCUGUGCAGGAGCCAUGGCAGCAGCAAACGCCGGGGCUAGACUCAGACCCUGGAACCGGAUCAAAUACUCACGCGCCCACACAAGAAAACAGUUGCUGA